AUGAAACGAUCUUUUGAACAAGAAGGAGCUCCACUCCUCCCAACAACAAGCACUGGAUCUUGCAGAAAGAAAGUAAAACCCAACAUGAACCACCAUCAUGUGGAUUCGGAACAACCGUCGUUUACUUCUCAAAAAACAUCGAUGGAUGGGAUUCUUUUUCAGCUCGAUGAUGAUUCCUUUUCAGUUGUUUUUUCCUUUCUUCAUCCUCUUCAUGAUCUUCUCGGAAGUAUCAUGAGAACGUGUAAGAGAUUUUAUCAUUUGACUGGAGGCAUUGCUUUGGAUUCUAACAGUGAUGAUUCUCAUCAAGGAGCCAAGCAACAACCCCUCGUGAGGCAUCUUCUCGAGAAGAAAGGCCGAAAUUGUUACCCUCUCUAUGAAAAGGUAUCAUUGGCUUUCAAACCCGAAGGUUGUCCUUCCAGGUAUUUUGUUGGCAAAAAGAAUAUUCACUUCUCGAGUGAUUUCAUGUUGAGAUUAUUCAAAAUUAUGUUCAAGUGCAAUCCUGUGAAGGGUUGCAAAUAUUUGGAUUUGGGAAGAGUUGGCGAUUGUAAUGAUGUUAUUGGAAUGACCUUUUCUAUGAAAAUGUUUAACUUUGCAUUGCAAAGCGGAGUGUUCACAGGUUUGAAACGAUUGAGAUUUGGUGAUCAAUUCCAAAUAUUUGUCACUCAUUUGAAAAAGAAUGAAAUUCAGGUGUUACUCGAGUGGUUUUCCACCUUGAAAGAUUUGGAACAUUUGGAAGUGCCUCAACAGGAUUCGUUCGAAAACCAUCAAGAUGCAGCAGCUGCAACACAUUCUUUCUCCUAUUUGUUGUACAAGACUCUCCUCACACACUGUACACAACUCAAAUCAUUGAAAAUAGGGCUAAAUUGUGUACAAUCAUUUGGAGACCUUGUCUUUGACAGUUUGGAAGAAUUACAUCUUGACUUUUUUUUAUCCAGAAGAGAAUUAUGA